AAACGGUAGCGAGCGUACCGAAAUCGACCACGAGGAUACGAAAGCUGGGCACGUGUCGGUCCCACAUUGUUCGUCUCUUCCCGCUCUUUUCGUUCCUUUCCUCCUCCAUCGUCUUCGAUCUCAUCUCUCUCUGUCUCUGUAACUCCUCCUUAUAAAGGGAGCUAAACUCGCAAAAGCAUGGAAAUCCUCACGCCCUGCCAUUUCCUAUGCUAUCUUUCGAGAUCCUCACCGCCCAGCGACGACGGACGAGAGCCCGAACGCUCCUCCAACCGCGACGCUUCCGUACGCACUCCCCUUCAGUACCAUCGCGAACCGCCGCGUGAAAGUUGAGGCCCGAUCGAGACGGAGCGCUUCGUCGUUUUUGUGUGGAUCGCCGAGGUCGAUCUUGAGGCUUCCCGCGGCUUUCUUCGCGCGGAUUUCGGCUCUCGCCCAUGGAACCGGAGCCGGUGGCUGCGUUGGCCAAUGGCGUCAAGGAUCAGUACUUCUCCCUUAAAUCCCAGGGCCAGCGCGCCCGCGCGCCGCCGUUCAAGCAGCCGUUCGUGAUAGGGGUUGCUGGUGGGACUGCGUCCGGCAAGACGACCGUUUGCAACAUGAUCAUCUCGCAGAUGCAUCAUGAGAGUGUUGUUCUCGUGAAUCAGGAUUCUUUCUACCACGCACUGAGUGAUGAGAAACUGCAGAACGUUCACGAGUACAAUUUUGACCAUCCGGAUGCAUUCAAUACAGAGCUACUCCUUUCAUGCAUGGAACAGCUAAAACUUGGACAGGAAGUCAGCAUACCUGACUAUGAUUUCAAGAGCCAUAGAAGCACUGAAGCAGCAUGCAAGGUCAACCCGUCUGACGUUAUAAUUUUAGAAGGAAUUCUCGUCCUUCAUGAUCCUCGAGUUCGCGAUCUCAUGAACAUGAAGAUCUUCGUUGACACAGAUUCUGAUAUACGACUAGCCCGAAGGAUUCAACGGGAUACCAUUGAAAGAGGCAGAGACAUUCAAGGCGUGCUUGACCAAUAUGACAGGUUUGUGAAGCCUAGUUUUGAUGAAUUCAUAUUGCCUUCAAAAAAGUUUGCUGAUGUCAUCAUCCCUAGAGGAGGAGAUAAUGAUGUUGCAAUCGACUUGAUAGUUCAACAUAUUCAUACGAAGCUUGGCCAGCACAAUCUAUGCAAAAUAUAUGCCAACUUAUUUGUGAUUACUUCUACAUUUCAGAUACGGGGUAUGCACACGCUUGUACGUGAUGUCAGGACAAGAAAACAUGACUUUGUCUUCUAUGCUGAUCGUCUUAUUCGCUUGGUGGUGGAGCACGGACUUGGCCAUCUUCCCUUUUCUGAAAAACAGAUAACUACUCCAACAGGAUCUGUGUACACUGGAGUUGUUUUCCGCAAAAGGUUGUGCGGAGUCUCAAUCAUCAGAAGUGGGGAAAGCAUGGAGAAUGCACUAAGGGCCUGCUGUAAGGGAAUCAAAAUUGGCAAAAUCCUCAUCCAUGGAGAGGGAAAUAGUGGCAGGCAGGUUUGUAAAGCCAAGCUCCGAUGCACGUUCUUAUUUCAACAACGUGGUAAUUAUACUUUGGCUACAACAUUGGUGCAGUUGAUCUAUGAAAAGCUACCUGCAGACAUCUCAAGCCGCCACGUGUUCUUACUCGAUCCCGUACUUGCUUCAGGAAAUUCUGCCGUCAAGGCCAUAACUCUACUUCUCAGCAAAGGUGUACCAGAGUAUAAUAUCAUCUUCCUUAAUCUUAUAGCUGCACCUCAAGGAAUACAUGCGGUGUGCAAAAGAUUUCCCAAGAUGAAGCUUGUGACUUCAGAGAUCGAUGCAUCUCUGGAUGAGAAUGCGCGUGUGAUUCCAGGCAUGGGGGAGUUUGGGGAUCGCUACUUUGGAACAGAUUAAAAUUCACAACAAAGAGGCACCGAUCCAAGCACUUUCAAAGGCGAACGAGCAGAAACAUACUAUACUAUUUUUCACAGCAAUUCUUCAAAUAUCAACGUCAAUAUCAAAUGAUGCUAAAGUACUGCUUGUAGAAUUACAAACAACCGAGAGAAACAUGGUUUCAUAUGAUCAGAUUCACAUGAUGCAUAUCA